UGGGCCUGGCUUGGCGAAGGCGUUGCCGCUGCUGUCUCUGCCGCCGCCGCUGCCAGGAAGCACAGGGAGCGGGAUCAAGCGCAGCGUGGCGAUGGGCAGGAGUAGAACCCCGCCAGAGAGGCUGAGCGGCCGCCGGUGACAGACCGUGCUCUGUCCACCGUGCCUCCUGCAUGUCCUGCUGCCCUGAGCUGUCCCAAACUAGGUGACAGCGUGUCACGCUGCCACCAUGAACGAGGUGUCUGUCAUCAAAGAAGGCUGGCUCCACAAGCGCGGUGAAUACAUCAAGACCUGGAGGCCCCGGUACUUCCUGCUGAAGAGCGAUGGCUCCUUCAUUGGAUACAAGGAGCGGCCCGAAGCCCCCGACCAGACUCUGCCCCCCUUAAACAACUUCUCUGUUGCAGAAUGCCAGCUGAUGAAGACCGAGAGACCACGGCCCAACACCUUUGUCAUACGCUGCCUGCAGUGGACCACAGUCAUUGAGAGGACCUUCCAUGUAGACUCUCCGGAUGAGAGGGAGGAGUGGAUGCGGGCCAUCCAGAUGGUUGCCAACAGUCUCAAGCAGCGGGGCCCAGGUGAGGACCCCAUGGACUACAAGUGUGGCUCCCCUAGCGACUCUUCUGCGGCUGAGGAGAUGGAGGUGGCAGUUAGCAAGGCUCGGGCCAAGGUGACCAUGAACGACUUCGACUAUCUCAAACUCCUGGGCAAGGGCACCUUUGGCAAGGUCAUCCUGGUGCGGGAAAAGGCCACCGGCCGCUACUAUGCCAUGAAGAUCCUGCGGAAGGAGGUUAUCAUCGCCAAGGAUGAAGUCGCCCACACAGUUACCGAGAGCCGGGUCCUCCAGAACACCAGGCACCCGUUCCUCACUGCGCUGAAGUAUGCCUUCCAGACCCACGACCGCCUGUGCUUCGUGAUGGAGUAUGCCAACGGCGGUGAGCUGUUCUUCCACCUGUCCCGGGAGCGCGUCUUCACGGAGGAGCGGGCCCGCUUCUACGGCGCGGAGAUCGUCUCGGCCCUGGAGUACCUGCACUCACGGGACGUGGUGUACCGCGACAUCAAGCUGGAAAACCUCAUGCUGGACAAAGAUGGCCACAUCAAGAUCACUGACUUCGGCCUGUGCAAAGAGGGCAUCAGUGACGGGGCCACCAUGAAAACCUUCUGUGGGACCCCUGAGUACCUGGCACCUGAGGUGCUGGAGGACAACGACUAUGGCCGGGCGGUGGACUGGUGGGGGCUGGGCGUGGUCAUGUACGAGAUGAUGUGCGGCCGCCUGCCCUUCUACAACCAGGACCACGAGCGCCUCUUCGAGCUCAUCCUCAUGGAGGAGAUCCGCUUCCCACGCACGCUCGGCCCCGAGGCCAAGUCCCUGCUUGCGGGGCUGCUCAAGAAGGACCCCAAGCAGAGGCUCGGCGGGGGGCCCAGUGAUGCCAAGGAGGUCAUGGAGCACAGGUUCUUCCUCAGUGUCAACUGGCAGGACGUGGUGCAGAAGAAGCUCCUGCCACCCUUCAAACCUCAGGUCACAUCUGAGGUUGACACAAGGUACUUUGACGAUGAGUUCACCGCCCAGUCCAUCACGAUCACCCCCCCGGACCGCUAUGACAGCCUGGGCUCGCUCGAACUGGACCAGCGGACCCACUUCCCCCAGUUCUCCUAUUCGGCCAGCAUCCGAGAGUGAGCAGCGCCGCCCGCCGCCGACGCCGCACGGGACGCACGCACGGCUGCCAUCACCGCCGGGGGGCUUUUUCUUUUUUUUUUUUUUUUAAGUUUUUAUUUUGCUUUUUUGUUUGUGUCCCCAUCCCUCACCUCCUUACCCCCAUUUCCAGUUUUUUCUUCAGCCCUCUGCCAAACUCACCUCAGCGGUCCCAGCAGCCCUGCCUCCAGGAUCCUGUCCUGCCCUCACCUUUGUGCCCAGACCAGGAUUGGGGAGACUCUCCACCGCCUGCCCUAGGACCAGGCCUUUGGGCAGUUGGAGAGAUUCCGAUUUUUAAUCAACACAAGCCCCAUUGACGGGUGAAGGGUGGAGCUGUGGGGCCUACCUGAGUUUUCUGGCCCGCGCCCCUGAGGCAGCCUGCCUCUGCGUUGCUGCUGUCAGAGGCUGCCCCCUUGUGGGCUGCCCCGUGGACAGCACCCUGGUGCUGCCUUCUUUGCCCUAUCGUUAGGCUCCAAGAGGCCUGGCGUGGGGCAGUCCAGCCCCCUCCUCCCAUGGGGGCAGAAAAGCAAUAAUGUCCAGGGACCGGGGGAGGGGAUGGGGUGGGCUUUUGGAAGCUGCGUGCAGGAUUGGUGGUUUAGGGCUCCCUCACGUGGAUGGGGCCCAAUUACCGUGUGGGAAACCAGGAGGGGCCCAGAGGACGAGCACUGCCUCCUGGCCCUGCCCCCCCUACCCCCCAAGCUGCUCUCCUGACCCUGUGGAUGAGGCAGGAGGAACAUUUGGCGGCUAACCUCCCCGCCCACUGGCCCCGUGCCUUACCAGGGCUUCCUUCCAGCCGGCCUUACCUCCUGCUGGACCCCGGGCCUGGCCCCGGCCCCGUCUGAGGAUGGGGGCCGGGAUCUCCCCCUUCUCUCUGCCUGGGGUGGAGGGGCGCCAGCCUCGGCUGUUACACAUCUCGCACCGAGACAGUAUUGGGCCCCGUGGACUUGGGUCGAGGAGGGGGUGGGGGUGGGUGUCUCUGGUACGUACUAGGGUGGGGGCCUCUGAGAAGGGAGGCUCCAGGCCACCUCAUCCCCUCCCCGUCUCCGGGCCCCGCAUUCUGCAGCCUUAAGGUGAACGUUUGUCAGUGCCAUGGGCACUUGUGUACGUGCCUCGGACUAUGUGUCCGUGGGCGUUCCUGUGCAUCUGAGAAGCAGAUGCACAUGGUGUGUGUGUGUGUGCGUGCGUGUUGGGUAUGUGUGUGCCGGGGCAAGUGUGUCCUGGCCUCAAGUGUGUGUGGUAUGUGUGGGCUCAAGCCCCACCCCUGGCCUGAGCAUUUCAUCCCCAGGGGAGGGGUUCUGGCCCAGCAGGGAAGCCACACCAGAGGUCCACUUGCUGCCCUGUCGUCCCCUGCCCCCCAACAUCUGUGGGCGUUUGAAAUUAGUUUUUCUGGUUUUGAUCUCCCCACCCCAUCUCCUGUGCUAGGUAAUUCACAGAGAGACAUCCUGGGGUGGGGUGGGGGUUGGCUUGAGUGGGUGGGGUCCUUUUUCCUUUCUGUGUGUGUAUGUCGUUAAUCUGACAAUUCUUCCUCCUUCCCACUCGCCUUUCCCCAUUCCUUGUAUUUGUACGGUACAAGCAAUAAAGACACUCAUUUCAGACUGA